UCGGGUUUGAGUGGCAACACUGAGACGUUGUAGAAGAAGACGCGUGACCAAACAAAGCGUGCGAUAUACGAAGUAUCGUUCUUCGCCGUGUAUUUAAAGGGGAUUAUAAUGCAAUUAUGAGUGUUAAUCUCAGUGCUUAUAGGGACCAACAUUUCAAGGGAAGUAGAGUGGAACAAGAAAGAAAACUGUUGACGUCGUGUACCCUUUACGUAGGUAAUCUGUCAUUUUAUACCACAGAAGAGCAAAUCUACGAAUUGUUUUCCAAAUGCGGAGACAUUAAGAGAAUUAUCAUGGGUCUGGAUCGAUUCAAGAAGACACCUUGUGGAUUCUGUUUCGUAGAAUACUAUAUUCGUGACGACGCAGAAAAUGCCAUGAGGUAUGUCAACGGAACGAGGCUGGACGAUCGCGUAAUCAGAACGGACUGGGAUGCCGGUUUUAUCGAAGGUCGGCAGUUCGGAAGAGGAAAAAGUGGUGGACAGGUUCGCGAUGAAUAUCGAACUGAUUUUGAUGGUGGAAGAGGCGGCUAUGGAAAACUAGUGCAACAGAAGACGGUCUCGCCGGGUGCAAACGAUCAGACUUGAAUUCUCUUAUAACUGCGUUAAGCGUGUGGAUCUGUUACUCAAAUUGAAAAUGUGCCUCACAAAAGUUAUUUAUACAAUAAAUUAUAAAUAUUUUAUGAUUAAAAGAAUAUUUAGUACCGAUGGCAUAAGAGAGUCUAGAAAAAAAAACAGAGGAAAUUUAUACAAAAUUGAUUCAUAGAAGGCUAUCAAAAUGAAUCUUCUGUUAUUCUACAGUGUAAAAUGUCUGAUAAAUCUUUUCAUAGUUCAUUGUAAUCUACAUUUAUAAAUUACACUAUCCACAGUCCCCAUAUCAGCACAAAUCAUCAUUUAGCAUUAAUAUUAGUCAAUUUUUUAAAGAUUUCUUCCAUAGGAAACAUUUAACUUUUGGAUGUAAUGUUUUAUAUUUCCUGUUGUUUCUGUUAAUGUACGAGGGGCAUUCAAAAAGUUUUAGAAAAUGUAAAUAAAAAGACCAAAUUAAAUUUAGCACUUUAGUUUUCAAUAUAUGUUCCAUUUAAGUUAAAACAUUUUUUUCAUAGUGUUACACAACCCUUCUAAGUCUUCUGGUCGAAAUCUAUGCUUUUUGAUUCUAGACACUGUACGACAAAAUGUUUCACUUGAACUACCGACUGCCAGCAAAUGCCUUUUUAUUCCAAAAUUUAAAAAAAAUUGACAAGACUUAGUGGUAAUUCCUUCAAUGCUAAGUAGCAUACCGGGCAGCAAUUAUCUUCCAUCAAUUUCAAUCAUGGACAAGGAGUUCAACUUCUUCCCAUAUAUUGAGCAUCUUCAGAUCUUGGAGAAAGGUUUUAUGCCAAGUAUUUCCAGGGCAUCCUCAUGGUCGUUUGGGACCAGGAGGAACCCAUUUUAUGGCUGUCUUAGUGAUUCUAUUGUUCUCCAUAUGAAAAAUGUGGCCGGCUAAUCGAACUCUUCCACGGAAGACAAUGGUAUGAAGUUUGCACAUCCUACUUCUUCGGAGAACCUCUUCAUUAGUGACAUGAUCUAAAUAUCAGAUCUUUAAGACUCGUCGUAAACAUAUCUGUUGGAAGACAUUGAGCCUUCUAUUGAUGUUUUCUAGGACUCACUAACAAACAGCUAUCAGAAUCACGGUGGAGGUGAACAGGCGGAAUUUGGUUCUCAAUGAGAUGGAUAGUGAAGACCAGAUCUUGUUCAUCUGCCGGAAAAUGGUCGCUGCCUUUCCAACAUGGUACUUCACGUCGCCGUUUUGGGAAAUAAUACUACCCAAGUAGGUAAAAACCCUCCACUUUCUCCAAUUGUGCUCCAACAAUUAUUCCCCGCGUUUGUGUGGUAUUUCCUACAUGCAUAGUUUUUGACUUCACGGCAUUUAUCCUGAGGCCAAUUUUGCGUACCUCCUAACCCAAUAUAGUUGUGGCAUGCUGUAGCAUUGUCCCACUUUCUUUUAACAGGGCGAUAUUGUCAGCAAAAACUAAUCUCCAAGAUGAUCCUGGUCAGACCAAUGGAUGCUGGCCCAAUGCGUGCAUUGGUCUCUUCUGCCUGUUGCAUGACAUAAUUGAGGGCGAUGAAGAAGAGAAAGGGGGACAGGACACAACCCUGCCCCCUUUUCUCUUAGGGAGAAAUACCCGAUAUUGUAAAGUUGUCAAGAUUUAUUUUAUUUAUAAUUAAUUGACAAGAGAAUAUUCUGUUUAUGAAUAAUAAUCACUUUCUAAAUGUUCCACAUAUUUUUAAUUAAAGAGAUUUACGAAAGUUGAACAGAAGAAUGAAAUUUUCAGAGAGAGAACAAAAAAUUACAAAAUCCGUUGUAAAAGGAAGAAAGUCUUACUUAUUUUUGCAGUUAACAUAACAUAAUAAAUAUGUUAAAACCAUGGCUCAAAUAGAAAACAGACAAUAAAAAUUGUCACAAAAUGAUUUGUCAUUAGCAAAACCACCGUACAAAGCAUGAUGUCCAAAAUUGUAUGGAAGCAUGGAUUUGGCAUACAAAAAGCAAUUUGGAAUGUCAAAGUAUCGUACACAAAAGACGGAUAGAUGGAAAUUUUUGGUGUUUCAAUUCUUAGCAGAAUAGUGCUCUUUGGAUAUUUACUUAAAGAUUAUGCACCAAUGUUAAAGUUCUUAAGAAGAGCUUUCACAAAUUUUUCUUAUUCAAAAUAAACAGUCAGAAAACAUUAUUAAUAUGACAAUGUUUUGAUAUAACAUAUAUGUGGUGCCCAUUCCCCACGUUGUCAUGAUUUGGUCGAGUCCGAUGUCGUGUGCAGGCGGGAAAAAGGACAAACCGUUAGAAUCAAGACUUAGCGUGAAUGACGUGUCAGCUUAAAGACGAUAAUAUUUGUUCAAUAAUUAGUAUUAAGAUAAUUUGUUUAGUGUUCUUCAUUUGUAAUGUUCUUUUUGUAUAUUGUAUUAAAAUAUACGUCAUUAUAUAUCAUAA